GAAAUGCUCUCAUGCCUAUGAUCUCAUUCCUUGCGCUCCUCAAGCCGCGUGAUCUCGUGUUGACCAUUGCCGGUGCUUCCUGCCCUCACUAUUUCCGUCUCCAUUUCCUCUUUUCCGCCCGUCGGCCGUGGCGAAUGGCGUACCAACGGGGCCCGACAGCGCCCAACCUAGAUUGCUGAACGCGAUAGGCUACCUCCGAUCGCGCGUUUGGAUAUUGUGGGCCAUCGACGAGGCAGGAUUGCUGCGAUCGCGCUGCUGGUCUGGAUUAGCCUCACGAGAGAUCCUUGACCGACACUCACUUCGAUGGGUGGCGCGACAUUCGAUACAAUAAAGCGGCCAAAGUCAGAGCCUAACUCAAAAGUAUUCGAUGACGCUGUGGUAGACACUAGUCGUUGGAGGCACGUUCGAGAAUGUAUACUCGGCAGAGAUGGACGGACGAGAAGUACAUGGGCACGAUGUACAGUAGAGUACAAGUUUUGGAGCAGCGGUAAAACUGCUCGUUUUUUAUGUACGUCGUCCGGGUGGGCGUUACAAAAUG